AGCGCAAGUCUUCCUGCGUAAAAGGUCCGCGAGAGUCCAAAGAUAAUCAUCUUGGUCAACAAAAGCACGGAAAGGAAACUGAUUUCGGGAUUGAGGUUUCGGUUGUAAACCAUUCACAAACAAGUAGUAAGAAUAUGGAUCCGUCUUCAGCCUUAUUUUCCAAGAAGGAUAGUUCACAGCCUUCAAAAAGGCACGUAAGAAACUGUUAUCCUUGUACACAGUGUUCAUUUCGAACACCGAAUGCCAGAAAAUUGAAAGCGCAUGUGAAACAAUAUCAUCGCGUAACAGCCAAUACUUCAAAAGAACAACAAUCGAGACUAGCACUUCCAAAAGAAAACGAAAUGCAGACGUCUUGCAGGGCAUUCCCUGGCGUUAGCCAGUCCGAUUUGAAAAAACGCCGAAUUAAAGGCCAAAUCUAUUAUUUGUGCCCUGCCCCAAAUUGCUCCUACCGAGCGAAGGAUUCACGUCGUAUUUUCCAUCAUUGUCAAACGAAACAUGAUCUCACAAUCGACCAAAAUUACCCUUGUUCAAAUUCUUAUUUGAAAAAGACCAUUUCAUCAUCAUUGGCCAGUAGUGAUCAAGAGCCAUACGGAACGAGUAAAACAUCUGAUAAGACUGGGCCUGGCCGAUACUUCUGUGAGUCAUGUAACUAUUCUGUCAAUAAAAAAUCUCGUCUAAAGAACCAUAGACGUAGGCAUACGGAAAAUUCUGGGUAUCGCUGUAGCAUAUGCUCGUACUCAGUUCCAAUGAAACGCCAACUUACCUAUCACGUAACCAAUCACCAUUCAGAGGGCUUUUCUUGUAACCUUUGCAAUUACAAAGCAAAAACCUUGACUGAAAAGAAUAACCAUCACGCAAGUGCCCACAAGGCGGCGACUGCUGGGAAAACUUCAUCCCAUUCAUCAGAGCAGCUAUCUAAUUCAGACUGUGAUUUGCAACAUGUCUGCUCCCAGUGUUCUUUCAAAACUUCUUCUCGGGAACGAUUUGACAUGCAUGAGAAAACGCACGUGCCCGAUUCUGUGGGUUCAUCCACGGAGGAAUUGGACAUUGAGGACACUCAAAAGAAAACAACCAGAAAGAUGAAAAGGAAACGUGAAGAUUCCAGCAGCAGCAUUCGGACUGUCAAACUUAUCGAACGCCUCGUUUACCAAUGUCCUCACUGUAGUUUUUGGGCUCGAGCUGUGUCCAGUUUCCACCAACAUCUUAUGGCGCACGAAAAAAAACUACAUUCAAAUGUUCCCAUUGCGAUUUCAGCUCUCGUUAUCGCACUGCCAUAACCAAACACAUUAAGGAAAGCCCGAAGGAAACUCACAGAUCAGCUUGCUGGAAUAUGACCAAACCUGUUCCAGAAAACCAGUACCCCGAAUAUCUCAAAACGUCCCUUAUUCCAGAAUUAGAAUAUUCAGGAACACGGAAGAUCACUAAUUUA